CAUGCAUGCUGGAUGACAUGCGAGUGGACUGGCGAGUGAGUGCUCGCACCGUGUCCGUCUCGCGUUCGCGACAGUACAAUUCGGGAGCUUCUGUAUCGCGCGCCUCGUAUUACGUCUCGUUCACCCCCAAUCCCGAUCGUGCGCACUGUGCCCGAGCCUUGGAGCGCGUACUCGCAUUAAAAUGAGCAUCGGGCAGGCUCGAGGGCGGCGAGUGCGGGUGGUCUUCACACGUAUCAUUUGGGUUUGCUUCGGACACUGCAUCUGGGCAGCGAGCACGACGCUGCACGACGGCGACGCGUUUGUGGCUGUGCCAAACUUACACCUGAUUCUUAACGAGCCAAUUGCGUUCGCGUCGUCGUAUCUUGCAGCGUUCAUCCUCUCGCAGGGCCGAUUCUACUGGCUGAACUAUUCGGAGUACCGAUGCUCAAAGACAGUCUUGGUUGCUCUCUUGAUUGACGUGCGUCGACAGUUCGCGUGUUUCCUCCAGUAGCUCGAGCAACAAGUCCUGCGAGGCUGUUAUGUGUUCGACAGUGAACGGCGGAAGCGGG